UUGUGGAGCCGUUAACUUAACAAUUUUAUUGUAAUAAUAUUUUUUCAAACUGAGAUAGGAAAAUUAUAGUGACAUAUGUGCAUCUUUUUUCUAGUUUAAAAAUUGCUAAUUGAAGUUUAUUAAUUAGUUGCAUGUAAGUUUUCUAUAUUGAUUGAUGUAAGUUAAUUGAGGGAAUUUCAAAAAUACUCAAAUAUGAAACGUUUGGGAAGACCACCAAAAAGUUUGGCUAAAGUAAAACCGCAGCCAAUUGAAACUGUUAGUUCACGUGUUGGUGGACGCGAAAGAAAAGCAAAAAAAGUAUUCGAUCCUUCUGAGAAUAACACUCCUAAAAAACGCAUUAAGGCAUCUAAAUCAACAGAAAGGGGCCGGAAUGAGUAUUUGGAAACAAAAUUUAAAUCUAGAACUGAAAGCAAGAGUAUUUCCCCAAAAUCAAAGUACAAUGGAGAUGAAUAUUGCUCAAUUUGCAAUAAAGAGGAGAAAAAGCUAAAACUAUUGGCUAACUGUAAUGAUUGUAACUUAAAAGCCCACAUCGAUUGUUUAAAAACAAAGUUUGAAGAUAAGAAACUUUUGCACGUUAAAUGGCGUUGUGACAAUUGUAAAACGUGUGCUAUAUGCUAUGAAACAGAAGAGAUUGGAUCAUUAAUUACUUGCUCGGUCUGCAUUAAUAGCUACCAUAUUACUUGCCAUAUUCCAAAAGUCAAUGUUAAAACAGUAAAUCAUGAAGACUGGCGUUGCACAAAAUGUCCUGCCCCAUCAGUAUCUAAACAAACAACCAAUCCGACUGUACAAACUAAGCCACAAAUUCUAAAACCUCAAACAACUACUGCAAAAUGUAAUUCUACGCCUUCAUUGUCUUCGGAAAAUAGUUCUUCAUCAUUUUCUUCAGUUACAGCCCAACAAUCUGUUUCAAAAAAAGACACAAAUAUUGUUAAAAGUGCCAUUUCGGAUACAGUUAAAACAACUGUUAAAGAAGAAAGUUCUGAAGGAUCGGGUACAGAGACUAAACAAAAUUUUGAUAAAAACUUUCAAAAAUUUGAUUUAAAAGAAAUUCCAGAUAUUUCUUCAUGGUCUUGCGAAAAAUUAUCUGAAUUUAUGAAAAAAAUAUUCCCAUACGGAGCUAAACUGUUGCGAGAACAAGAUAUAGACGGUCAAUCAUUAUUAUUAAUGACACGAAAGGAUGUUUUGAGUUUGAAUUUAAAACUGGGUCCUGCAUUACGAUUAUAUAAUUUUAUAGUUAGUUUGCAAACCAGAAAAAAUGAUAGUUAUGCAACAUGGAUUUAUUAAAGAUAAUUUUUGAUUUUUGAAGUAUUUAAUUAUACAAUUUAAGCAUUAUUAAGGGAAAUAGAUUUUUUGAACUUUA